AUGAACAACUUCGACGCCCAGAAGUGGUACCAAAAGGUCGACAAGCUCGUGUCCACUCUACAGAGCAAGUCGGAGUGGGAGACGAUCUCCGCGCUGAGGGAGGGGUACUCCUUCAAGGACUCCGAGCGUGCGGCUGACCUCGUUCACGUCGAGGCUCUGGCGGAUUUGAACGACGAGGAGCUCCGCAAUUAUGAGCACACGAAGGAGAAGCUCGAGACGCAGGUGGAGGCGAAGCAGCUGGAGAUCCUGGCGGCUCUCACCACCUUCAGCGAGUCACUGAAGAAGACCACCCGGGAAGUCAUCCAAAGACGCCGAGCUCGCAGAAGGGUCAAGAAGAAGUUCAGCUUCUCCAACAUGGACGAGGUGCGCUUCGUGGUCAAGGACGGCGAAGAGGAGGUCGCUGAAAACAACAACCCUGCGGCAAACAUCCAGACGUCCUCUGCCGAGGUCGAUUCCAUCAAGGGCCACCGCGCCGGGGAGCUCUUGACACAGAUCUCCGGGUUACAGAAUAACAUGAACGAGCUGGUGCGCGACGCGCACCUCCACAAGCAGACCCUCGAAGUGCAUGAAAAGGCCUUGUCUUUUCUGGAGGGGGCCAUGGAGGCCGCAGAGAAGGGGGAAGAUGCCCCGGAGGCGGACAAGGAUAUCCAGGAGCUCCUCCAUAAGAUGCAGACUGAGGCCAAAGCGACCCUGGACGCGGAGAGGCGUCAUGCCGCCACAGAGAGGGCCAACCUGGCUAGCGUUUGCCUGGAAGAUGCCCUGUUCGCCAUUUUUUGGUGGUCGGUGCACCUGACUCAGUUCGAGAAUGAUGUGGAGAUGCUCCAAAAGAAGGUGCAGGCUCGCACUUCUGCCGUGGUCAGCAACUUCAGGCCCAUGGAUGGUACUUUGCUGCCGCUGUUGGGCACCAGUGUCGCCAGUCCAGGCCGUGACCGCAGUCCAUCACCUGGCGUUGGGACGGACACCUACAACGAGCAGUGUAGCGACGCACUUGUGGCACAGCAGAACUCCACUGCCGACGGCUCCUCUGAGGUGCCAGCGAAGGACGCAGAAGUGAUUCCAACCUCCUUGAUCUCGCCCCCGGGAGCUGUGGACCCACGCAGACGGCUCCUCUCUGGCGACGUGCCGCCACCAUCGAAGUUGGUGGCGGCUCUGGAGAUGCAGGUGCCCGCCGCCAAGCAGGCAAAGGAGUUCAAGGAGAAGUUCUCCAUCGACAUGAAAGCUCUCCGGCGCUCAUUUCUGGCAGCGCAGGACCUCUGGGACACGGUUGCUGUCGCCCAGCGAGAUAUGGCUAUGACUAGUGAAGAGGCUGCGGAGACCGAGGGUCCGCCAUCGCCCGCCGCCACGGACAUGCUUGGCUUCCUGGCAUUCAGGUGA